GCUGGAGGAGGAGGAGGAGGAGAGGCGGCGGGGAAGGAGGAGGAGGGAGAGAGUCGCGCCCGCCCGGCGAGCAUGGGGCGCCUGGCGCCGAGGCCGCUGCUGCUGGCGCUCCUGUCGCUGGCUCUUUGUCGAGGGCGUGUGGUGAGAGUCCCUGCUGGGAGCCUGGUCCGGGUGGUGGGCACCGAGCUGGUCAUCCCUUGCAACGUCAGUGACUACGAUGGCCCCAGUGAGCAGAACUUUGACUGGAGCUUCUCAUCCUCGGGGAGCAGCUUUGUGGAGCUCGCCAGCACCUGGGAGGCAGGCUUCGCAGCCCAGCUGUACUGGGAGCGGCUGCGGAAGGGCGAGAUCCUGUUGAGGCGGACUGCCAACGAUGCCGUGGAGCUCCACAUCAAGAACGUCCAGCCCUCGGACCAAGGCCACUACAAAUGUUCAACCCCCAGCACUGAUGCCACCGUCCAGGGCAACUAUGAAGAUACAGUGCAGGUUAAAGUGCUGGCCGACGCUCUGCACGUGAGCUCCAGCUCGCAGCCCUCCGCGACCCUGAGCCUGCGGGAGGGGGAGCCGUUUGAGCUGCGCUGCUCGGCGUCCACGGCCUCGCCGCUGCACACGCACCUCUCCGUGCUGUGGGAGGUCGCCCGCGGCCCCAUCCGGCGGAGCGUCCUUUCCCUGACCCACGAGAGCAGGUUCCGCGCGGGCCCGGGGUACGAGGCGCGCUACCGCAGCGGAGACGUGCGCCUGGACACCGUGGGCAGCGACGUGUACCGCCUCGCCGUGUCCCGAGCUCUCUCCGCGGACCAGGGCUCCUACAAGUGUGUGGUCAGUGAGUGGAUCGGGGAUCAGGGCACCUGGCAGGAAAUUCAAGAAAAAACGGUGGAUGUUGCCACCGUGGUGAUCCAACCAACUGUUCUGAGAGCAGCUGUGGUCAGGAACGUGUCUGUGGCGGAAGGGAAGGAACUGGACCUGACCUGCAACAUCACAACAGACCGAGCGGAUGACGCCCGGCCCGAGGUGACGUGGUACUUCAGCAGGACGCCCGACAGCACUUCACCUGGCCUCCACGUGUUGGCACGGCUGGACAGGGACUCUCUAGUGCACAGUUCUCCUCACGUUGCUCUGAGUCACGUCAAUGCACGCUCCUACCAUUUACUGGUUCGAGACGUUAGCAGAGAGAACUCCGGCUACUAUUUCUGCCACGUGGCGCUCUGGGUGCCCGGGCACAACAGGAGCUGGCACAAGGUGGCGGAGGUCACGUCUGCCCCUGCCGGUGUGGACGUAACCUGGCAGGAACCAAAUUAUCAGGUGUAUCUGAAUGCUUUGAAGGUCCCUGAGUUUCCAGACGAUCCCACGGAGCUGGAAUGCCAAAUCCUGGACAUGAAGAGCGCUGAAGCGAACGUCCGCUUUACGGUGUCAUGGUACUACAGGAUGAACAGGCGCAACGACGAUGUGGCCACCAGCGAGCUCCUUGCCGUCAUGAACGGGGACUGGAUGGUGAAAUACGGCGAGAGGAGCAAGCAGCGGGCCCAGGAUGGAGAGCUCAUUUUUUCUAAGGAGCAUAGGGACACAUUCAGUUUUCGGAUCCAAAGGACUAUGGAGGAAGACAGAGGCAAUUAUUACUGUGCUGUGUCUGCCUGGACCAAACAGCGGAACAACAGCUGGGUGAAGAGCAAAGAUGUCUUCUCCAAACCUGUCACCAUUUUUUGGUCAUCAGAAGAUUCCGUGCUUGUGGUGAAGGCGAGGCAGCCAAAGCCUUUCUUUGCUGCGGGAAAUACAUUUGAGAUGACUUGCAAAGUGUCUUCCAAGAACAUAAAGUCACCGCGCUACUCUGUUCUCAUCAUGGCCGAGAAGCCUGUUGGGAGCGUCUCUAGUCCCAACGAGACCAAGUACAUCAUCUCCUUGGACCAGGAUUCUGUGGUGAGGCUGGAGAAUUGGACUGAUGCAUCGCGAGUGGAUGGCGUGGUAUUAGAGAAAGUGCAGGAAGAUGAAUUUCGCUAUCGGAUGUACCAGACUCAGGUCUCGGACGCUGGGCUGUACCGCUGCAUGGUGACAGCCUGGUCACCUGUCAGGGGCAGCUUAUGGCAAGAAGCGGCAACCAAUCUCUCCAACCCUAUUGAGAUAGACUUCCAAACCUCAGGUCCUAUAUUUAAUGCCUCUGUGCAUUCGGACACAUCAUCGGUCAUCCGGGGAGAGCAGAUCAAACUCUUCUGUAUCAUCACUGUUGAAGGAGCAGCACUGGAUCCAGAUGACAUGGCCUUCGAUGUGUCCUGGUUUGCUGUGCACUCCUUUGGCUUGGACAAGGCUCCUGUCUUCCUGUCUUCCCUGGAUCGGAAGGGGAUUGUGAACACAGCCCAGAGGGACCGGAAGAGUGACCUCAGCCUGGAGCGGGUGGGCGUGCUGGAGUUCCUGCUGCGAGUCCAUGGCUCCGAGGACCAGGACUUUGGCAACUACUACUGCUCCGUGACUCCGUGGGUGAAGUCACCAACAGGUUCCUGGCAGGAGGAGACAGAGAUCCACUCCAAGCCCAUCUUUAUAACUGUGAAGAUGGAUGUGCUGACCGCCUUCAAGUAUCCACUGCUGAUUGGCAUCGGUCUGUCCACAGUCAUCGGGCUCCUGUCCUGCCUCAUAGGAUACUGCAGCUCCCACUGGUGCUGCAAGAAGGAGGUGCAGGAGACGAGGCGCGAGCGCCGUCGGCUCAUGUCAAUGGAAAUGGACUAGGCUGGUGCCCGAGGAAAGGCACGGCAAGGGGACGCUCUAGGAGCGAUUUGGGUGAGAAGAGGACAGUGCUAUUUUAAAGCGAAGUGUGACACACUAAACCCAGUCCUCUCUAAUCUCAGGUGGGACUUGGCGCUCUCUCUUUUCUGCAUGUCAAGUACUGAGCGCGGACAUGUUUACCAGCACACGGCUCUUCUUCCCACGGCACUUUCUUAUAUAACAAUCGAGUGUGUGUUUUCCCAACUGCAGCUUUUUAAUGGUUAACCUUGGUCUAAUUUUUUUCUCCUACUGGUUUAUAGAUCCUCUGACUCCUGUGUGUUUGUAUCUUUCUGUUUCGAGGGGUUGUGGUGAGGAAAGGGUGAUGGCAUUCGGAGUUCUUUGUCUUGGGUGAGCCUGUGACUGCCUGCUCCAAAGCUGGCUUUUCUAAGAGAGCUGCUAAGCGCGACCCUCUACCCCGGCCUAGAGACAAGACAGGCCUAUGCCGAAGGCUAAUUUGUGGCUUUGACUACCCUACUCCACCCCUAUUUUCAGGGGUUUAGGCUACAUUUAAAAUCUAAACUUGCAGUACGUAACUUCUUACUGAGCCCAAAUGCUUUUUUUUUUAUUUUUUGCUCUGCCCCCUUUCCAUUUCUUCUUUAUUUGUUUGAUGUGAGAGUGCUGAAAUGGCAGCCCUGGAAUCUAAAAGUUGGCUCUCCACCGAGCACCUUAUCUUGCCACCUUAGCCUUAAGAAUGAAUACGAAGAAAACUGCACAGCCACCUCUGUCCAGGGCAGGAAGAAGGUCUGCAAGGAAGAGGAGGUUGAGGACAAGGAGAGGAACAAGGAGAUGUUCACUCUGAUAGUCCUGAGGCUCCUGUGCCUCAAGGGACCCCAGGAAGGGCAGAAGAGCAAUUCUGGAAAGAUUGAUUUAUGCAGCUCAUGGCAGGUGGGUCAGUGGUGUUUGGGGCACUGUUGGUGUGAAGAAACCACCUCCAUUUCCCUCUCUUGUCCUUUCUGGAAGGCAAAGGCAUUGGCGACCAAGGGACCUCCAGGAGGACCCAUGGGUACCCCACUUCCUUCAUGUGCUGCUUGGGCUCCUUAAUGUGAAGGCAAAUUGCUGCUUGCAAGACUGACUUAACUUCAAGGGGUCAGAAAUUGCAUAGAAGAACCACACAUUUCCUAUGACCUUUUCAGUCCUUCACGUCUUUUUAAGAUGCCCUGCAGGGGUUAGUGAGAAAGGGUACAUUUUGUGGUGUGUUUGCUUUCUUCUUAGGAACGUCAAUGAAACCUAGCAAUUUAUUGUUGUGUGAGCAGCCUACCAAGUAGACUUGAGAGCAGUCUGUUUUACCCUGCUGCUCCCAUCAGGAAAUAGGACAGUGGGCAGAGAUCUUCCCCGUCCCUGCUCCCUGAAGUGCCCCGAAGCCCUGCACAGCUCUGGCCUUCCGGGAGCAUCCCCAUGGAGCUUCCUGAGGCUCACUGUUGACUCACGCCCUCCACUGCAGCUGUCUGUGCUUCUGUCCUGGCUCUGAAGGAUCUAACACUGCUCUGUCUUCCAAAGGGGGAAAAGAUUCUUUUGUUUUGAGCAAUAAAGUAAUUCAAAAUGAUGGCCAUUCAUGUGCAACUCUUUGUCACGACUGGCCGGAUGAGCCCUGCUCCUGGCUCAUUUUCCUCCCCUCCGCCUUCCUCCCUCUGCUGCCCACGAUUGGUCCUGCACAUGUCGCCAAGUCGCCCCCAGGAGGCAGAUUUGCACCGAGUUUCCCCUUUUCAUUUAGCCCACUGAGGGGGACCACUCAUGUGAUAGGAACCCUGGAUUCUGUGCUAACAGUAGCAGUGCAGAAGAAAUCCAGGCCUGGGGUCUGUGACUGACCCACCAGACAAUGCAUGGCUAAAGAAAGAGGAAGACGUUCUAACAGCACUAGAUUUUGAUAUUUUCCAUGUCAUUUCCCAGGUGCACUAUUUCAGAGAAGGUGGGUCAGAGAUGAUUGUACAAACGGGAAUUAAAUUAAAGAGAAAACAAAUAUAAACAGGUGCUGUAUUAAUAAAAGCCAGUGCCCUUUGAACUCUCGCAGUUAUCACAUUUUAUUAAAAGAAGAUUCUGGAUUGUUGUGGUACAGGCCCUUCGUAGUAGGAGAAAAGUUACUUAAUUUUGGACAUGAACAGGUGGCCCAGCUGGAUGUGAAAGCAUGAACUAGGUCACACCACACCUUCAAUGGUGAUAAAGGUGACUUGUGCUCACAUGCUGCAUCUUGUCCUUUCAAACUGAGUCUGCUGUUCAUGCCUGGAAUUGUUAGGAUAUUGCCAUCCAGUACCUCCCUGCCUCCAUUCUAGGUCCACUGGCCGGGCCAAACUGCAGGUUACCUGGGGGCUAGGAGGAAGGUGGCAGCAAGCCCAGGGCAUUGAACCAAGGGUCUGGUUCCUUCCAGGGAAAUAAACUUGUCUGGAAUUUGCAUCUUUUUAAAGUAUCAGAUCCACUCUUUCAUUGUUCCAAAUAGGGCUCCCCGCAAAGUGCUCUUCUGGAAGAUGUUCCUUGCCAGAGGCACUAGCAUGAAUGAAAGGAGGACCUAUCCCCAGUUCACACGGGAGAAAUUGCACUUCUUAGCAAAAGGAAACUUUAUAAAUGUUUGGAUUUUUUCCUAAUCAUAAACAUAGCCCCAGAAAGAGCCGACGCUAUGUUGAGAUAGCAGCCUCGAAAUUGCUUUCAGUUGUUUACUUUAUGAUGUUUACAUACACUUUUCACGUUUUUUAAAAAAGAAGAAAAAUGCAAACUCUGUUUUUAACACCUUUUCAGAUUUUUCAUGGGACAGUGGAACUCGGACUUGCCAACUGGAUUUAAAUCUUAAUUUAGAAAUGUAUUUAUUUCUGUGUUUUUCUCCCUCCUUUAUGAUCCUGGUAAAGGGGGCCGCUCCUGCCCAGCCCCUUGUCUGUUUUCCCUGGUGGCUCUUGCUUCUUGCUUUGCAGACUGCCUGCAGCCAUGAUUUCUGUCACUGACAUCUGUGAGCCAAAGACUGAGCCUUUUAGGCAAGAAUAAUAAGCAAUACUACACGACUUGCUAUUUUCAGAACACUUUUUUUUAGCUUCACCGAUGACAAAAGAGGAAGAAGGAAACUGGGAUUUGGGUAAGUUAUCCUCUUCUGUUUGACCACAUUCUCAGUGAUAAAUAUUGCGUGCAGGUCACUAGGAAAAAAAAGUUGACUUUCUUCCUUUUUUCAGUGUGGCACACAUGGAUCUGCAGAAUUUUACGUAGACAAAGAAAGGGUCUUGUGUAUUUUUGUCCAUAUCCAAUGUUAUAUGAACUAAUUGUAUUGUUUUAUACUGUGACCACCAAUAUUAUGCAAUGCACCAUUUGUUUUUUUAUUUCAUUAAAGGAAGUUUAAUUUAAAUUGAA